AUGUUCAAUCGGAAACCUGAUUACGAAGGCGACGUGACGUUACCAAAGUUCUAUUCGUUUGGCUAUCACUGCGUUUCAUCUACUCAACCAUCUUCGUCUUCGCGUGAAGUUUUUUCAUCGUUCUCUCAAAAUCCACAUAAAGGUUAUAUAGAUAUCACGAGCACAUGUUCUUUGAUAUCAUUUGAUCUCGUUAAAUCACAUGGACUCGAGAGUUUCGUGAAAAGUUGGGAUCAAAAGAAUCUCACUCUGAAAGAAUCGCCUCGGGUCAGGAAAAGACCUGUGUUAUCAUUAAAAACUAGGUUUCAUUCCGGAAGGCAACCGCCUUUUGUUAAUGCAAGGUCUGCCACUUCAAAACGAAACGAAGCGGCAAAGACUAGAAGGAAGAGCGAACAGUAUUGGAUAAAUAUUGAAAAUGGUAGUGUCUUCUAUAAGAACGAUCACGAAGAUUCGAAUGAAUUCGAAAGUAGGGAGAUUGAACAUUAUGCGGGCGAUGUAAAUCGCAUAGUUUUGGGUAAACACAAGGGUCUGGAAAUCAUGGGAACACUUUACGUGCGCGUGUUUAUAGGUCCCGAAGACGAAGAAGAAGAAUGGAAGCCUUUCCACCUGGUAGUUGUCAAAGAUAUGAGUGAACUCAGAAUUGAAGACCUAGAUAUCCAAGAAUUGGGAAUGAUAGAUUUCAAACUGGGAACGGACUAUUUACAAGACAUAGAUGUUGAUAACAUUUGCUUUUCGUAUAUGCCAAAAAUAAGAUUUGAAAAUGAGAUUUCCAUUAAUUUGUUUGAUGUCAAAAAAGUCGACCCCAUAACCGAAAGAGGUUAUGGAAGCACUGAAAAGUCGUCGGAAGGUAGCAGCAACAGCGAAUCAGAGGAAGAAUCGUGUCCAAUAAAUAACAAGAUUGUUAGGAUUAAAUCCGAAAUCGAUGAUCCUGGCAUCGUCAGUACCGAGAAUCUUACGAAACCAGACCAAAUAACCACGAGAUCAAAUUCUUUAUCACAAUCAUCAAAUGUCACUCUUGCUUUGGUCAAGUCCGAAGAAGAAUCUCAGCCUGAUUCUCCUCAAGAUUUAAACAAUCCCUGUGAUAGUCUGUUGGAGGCGAAUCAAGAUGGUUCAGAUCAGAGUUCUCGAAUAACCAAUUCGUUAAAUUCAUCGGAUGACACGAGAGAGCCCAUUAAAAAUGAGCAACAAACACGAUUGGAUAGGAUUCAUUUUGAAUCCGAAACUCCGAAUAAUGCCGAUUGUUCUCAUUCUGUAAUAAUCCAGCAGAGCUGGGUCGGAUUACCUCUCGCUUUUAUCAUGAAUCAUCUAUUAUCAAAUGUUUCUACCUCAAACAACCUUCUAAUCUCAUCUAUUGGUGUUCAACAACCCAUGACUGGAUCAUGCAAACCUCCACAGGUAUCAGUUGAAAUCCAAACCUUCCCUUCCGAACCCGUUAUCAAACCUCAAGUAUCACAAUCCACUGCGUCAACGCAAACCGUCACUGAGGAGUUCUCACCGAAAACGGAGGCUUCGCCAUCACAAGAUCACAACCAAGCUGAAGUAUCAACUCAAACUCCCAAUUCACAAUCAACCCAAAUUCUCAAAGUCUCACAACAUUCACAAUCAACUCAGACACUCAAUGUUUUACAAAUUUCACAGUCAACUCAGACCCCCCAGUUUUCGCAAUAUUCACAAGAAUGUCAAAUUUCAGAUCCAGAGACAGCAUCAGUUAGACUUCAAACUCCUUGUGAUAUGAUUCUUUCUCAUGAGGAGAUCACCGAGGUUUCGAAUUCAAACCAAGGGGAAAAUAUUGAAGUUGAACAAAAGAUGGAGAGAAGAAAACAUCAAGUAGAAGCAGUUGAACAUGGCAAAAAAAGAAGUUGGACAUUUUCUUUAUUAAAUUUUGUAUUGUUUCUCGGUAUAUUUUCUGGUAUAGGGUUGGUGAUAAUUGAAAAAUUGAGAAACGAGGAACUCAGUUAUUGUUAA